AUGUCUGACAUUAUUUUCCCUAUAAGCAUAAAUGAGGAGGAGGCUCCAGUGGUGUACAAGCCAGUGAUACAGGAUCCGCUCUAUGAAGACGUCGAUCUCGAUCUCGAUCAGGAUGACGAUGACGACAGCACAAGCGACAGCGACAGCGUACCUUCUUCAUACGAGUCAGUGUUCACCUUGGGAAACAACUACACAUUCACCCCGCUAUCGUACGAGGACGAGAUGAUACCCAGAAGCGAUGCUUACGCGGACACAGACUCGCACUUCUACUCCAAGAUACAGAACAGAUUGUACACAACAGCUCCUAGAACCACCGCGGAGGUACCUAGACAAAACUACAACUUUGCCAACGUCGCUCAGGACAACUACAAGCUAUGGCUCUCUACAGUCUAA